GCACGGUCCCUAUUAGCGUUUUGGUAAGAAAACUGAUGUAUGGCGUGAGCACUCUAAGCUUAUUUCUCUAUGAAACUGUUGAGCAAGUUUACUGUAAAUAACUGAACGUAUCUUUAAAUAACAUUUACGGAUCUUAGCCGUGAUGGCGCAGAGUUCCUUUUUCAUUGUUUUACGAAUAAAAGCGGUACAAGCUAGGAAUAGAUAUUGAAUAAGUCUUCCGUCUCAUCUUAGCGUUUCCCUAUUUCCGUCCUGAGUGUGUUCGGGGUUUGCUUUGUCCAGCUAAUCCCUAGAAUUACUAGAUAUUAAUAACUGGGCCAGAGGCCCUUUUAUUUAAAAUUAUACACUAUCUAAACAUUGUUUUUACUUAGUGAUUUUUUGUGUUAUUUGUACUGGUAAUGAAAAAGUGUCCUUAAAUUACCAAUCAUUUUCGUUCCCUCCAUCAUUUUCGUUCUGUCAUACCUCUAUGAACAAUUUGGAAGAUCGAAGUGAUAAGUGUUCCGUGAACAAAGUUUUGUACGGAACACUGAAAAUGGUAACGAAAUGGAAAUAAAAACUUGGAUUUCGAUGUUUUAUAUGUCUUAGUUUUUAAGUUAAUCGGAUCCUUUUGUUGUACAUAAUAAUUGAAAGACAUAAUGUGAUGAUUGUCAGAUUUUCAUUAGUCAUAGUUCUGAAACCGUUAACUUUUCAGGAAUUUCCUUAGGUUAUGCCAUAUGAAAAACAAACUAUGAGAGGUUAGAUUUGUUUCAUGGCAAUCCUGAAAAGUUACGCGUUUCUGAGAAAAGAACAAAUUAUGAUUAACGAAAAUGUGGACAAAAAUACAUUAUGACUUAAAACUUUAUGGGAAAUAAUAGAGACCCUUAAGUUAAUAACUUGUAUGGCAGCCUUUUUGUGACGAUCGCUAACAAGACUUAAUUUCAUACUUUUGAUCGCAAAUCCGUGCUGCUUUCUACGACAAUUGAUCCGUCGCGCCCGCGCCGCGGGUUGCUUGUGUAACUGAAGCCCUCUUAAUUUUGCUUUUUUUAAAUUUUUGGAGUUACUACGCACAUUUUAUAGUUACUUCAUAGUUCAUACCUCAUCAUAAAAAACACCGUUACAAAGCUAUGCCAUGGCCAUAAUAGGGCCAGAUUUUAUAUUGUUGUGGAUUUUUUUUGUAUUGUUACGACGACCGGUCCGGCCUAGUGGGUGGCCCUGCCUAUGAAGCUGAUGGUCCCGGGUUCAAAUCCUGGUAAGCGCAUAUAUUUGUGUGAUGAACACGGAUAUUUGUUUCUGAGUCACGGGUGUUUUCUAUGUAUUUAAGUAUUUAUAAUUAUAUAUUAUAUUUAUCGUUGUCUAGGUACCAACAACACAAGCCUUAUUGAGCUUACUGUGGGACUUAGUCAAUAUGAUAAUAAUGUCUUAUAAUAUUUAUUUAUUUAUUAUUUAUUUUGUCGGAUAUCGACAAAACUAUAGAUUCCAUUCAGCGGCUAUAUCGCUGUCGCUUUAUUAUCACUUGACACUAUGCCCGUCACUUUCGCACUUACAUAGUUGUUAGAACGUGACAGGCAUGGUGACAAAUGAUAAACAGCCGAGCAUCUUAGCCCUACAGUUAUGGUUACUAUAGAGAAACCAAACAAUGAAAUAGCAACCUGUACCACGCGACCAAUACGUCGUAAGCGCCGUAGAAUUCAUGGCGGUUACGCGUUUAGGUCGCGAGAUUCACGCUCCGUUUAUAUUUGUUGUCAAAACAACUCAUGACGCAAAAGACUGGUUCUCUGUGCUGGUUCUAUACGUAGUAAUAUCUUAUCUUCUAAUUACCGGGGGCCCUUGCGGAUACACUUCUACCCAUAGGGAUCUUUUGUGUAGUUGCCCCCUAAGGAAAGACCCAUUAGCUACUCAAGAGCCUUUUUGACCAUUUCCAUGUGUCGGAUGAUGGAGCUUAUGGGUAGCCUUUUGAAUUCCUUUGGUUCCAGAUAGCCUGCUCCAAAGUCCUUCAUUCUUUGUCUGGCGAGGGCGUGACGUUCACACAUUAGGUGUGUUACUGUCUCUUCCUCUUCACCACACAUUCGACAAUCGGUGUUGUCAGAGUGUCCCAUCCUGGCCAAAACCCCUUUGACCCCAUAAUGGCCCGUAAACACCCCAUACGUAGUAAUAAAUAGUUCAAUGGUUUAUUUUGUGGCUCCCAACCCAACCGUAAAAUUGAUAAUGAAACAUUUUAGUAAAUUAUAAUAAAUUUUACCAAUCACGUCCCGUGUGUCAAAAAAACCAAACGAGUAGAACAAAAAGAUAUCAACGAACUUCAGUGGAUACUAUAAACUACAUUCGUUUUAUUGAUAAAUAUUAAUAAAUAAAUAUAAAUAAAUAUUAUAGGACAUUAUUACACAAAUUGACUAAGUCCCACAGUAAGCUCAAUGAGGCUUGUGUUGAGGGUACUUAGACAACGAUAUAUAUAAUAUAUAAAUACUUAAAAUACAUAGAAAACACCCAUGACUCAGGAACAAAUAUCCAUGCUCAUCACACGAAUAAAUGCCCUUACCAGGAUUUGAAUCCGGGACCAUCAGCUUCGUAGGCAGGGUCAAUAUGUGUAAUGAUGUUAAAUUCAUUAAUAAUAUUAAUAAGUAGUAGUAUUAAUAAGCUUCAAGUACUGAUGUAUAUUUCUCUUCUUCUUCCUCGCGUUGUCCCGGCAUUUUGCCACGGCUCAUGGGAGCCUGGGGUCCGCUUCACAACUAAUCCCAAGAUUGCCAUCUGACCUUCCAACCCAGAGGGUAAACUAUAGGCCUUGUUGGGAUUAGUCCGGUUUCCUCACGAUGUUUUCCUUCACCGAAAGGUGACUGGUAAACAUCAAAAGGAUUUUUCGUACAUAAGUUCCGAAAAACUCAUUGGUACGAGCCGGGGUUUGAACCCGCGACCUCCGGAUUGCAAGUCGCGCGCUCUUGCCGCUAGGCCACCAGCGCUUUUUUACUAAUGCUCUGCGUCUUUUUUGCGUACAGAUGUAUAUUUCUAUCUACUUAAAACCCCAAGGUUUCCUUUAGUCUCAAUGGGGCUCAAAAGAGAUCCCAUAACGAUAUGUGCACCGCACGGUUUCGAACCCAUACUGUCCCAGUGACCCAGUCCGCCGCAUCGCGUAUUCGGCGCGCGAUCGAACGUGCGCAUAUGUAGUGACACAUGCAUGUUGCCCUAUAAACGCCGAUUUGGCUGUGUUAAUCCGAAAUAGGCGGCAAACUAUAAUUGAAAUAAUUUAUUUGACAUUAAUAUUAGGAGUGGGCGUUAAGCCUAGAUAUUCGAAGUGUCACCUGUAUAUCCGAACCGAUACGAUCUUAAUAUCGUCAAGAAAAGACACUACUCCCAUCUUGAAUUCCGGCAAUGCACUUUCAAGUUUCAACUAGCGAUGCCCUGAAUAAUGGUGGAAUACCGAAUAUUCGGCCUAAUUCUCGGCCGAAGCGCCGAAUAUUCGGUGACCGAACCACGCAGGCUCUUAGCACACACUUUUAAGAGCAAUUCCUAGCUUUGGCCACAUAUACACAUAUUUGACUCUUCUAACAUUUCAUCACUUACAGAAAACAGCAGCCAAAUAACACUAGACCCUACUCAUAGUGUUGUGUUCCUGCCGGUGAGUAAGGUUGCCAGUGAGGGAGGGAGGGGGGUUUAGGGACGGCAACGCGCAUGUAAAUCCUCUGGAGUUGCAGGCGUACAUAAACUACGGAGACUGCUUACCAUCAGGCGGGCCGUAUGCUUGUUUGCCAACGCUGUUGUAUAAAAAAAUCUGCCUCUUUAUCGCUUAAAUAUGCAAGAGUGCUACAGAGGUUAGAUAACGAAAUUUCGAUUUUCUUGUUUCGCGGUAGACCCUCAGAUUGUGAUGGAUUGUGGUAGUGGCGCCCCCUACGCAGAGUUUCGCGUAAUAUUCCCUAUUGUAAGAAUAUUGUAUUGUUGUUUUCUGAGCGACAAGUUCACCACGAUCUGAAAUAAAAAUAUUAUACGAAUAUUAUACGACAUUAUUACACAAAUUGACCAAGUCCCACAGUAAGCUCAAUAAGGCUUGUGUUGAGGGUACUUAGACAACGAUAUAUAUAAUAUAUAAAUAUUUAUAAAUACUUAAAUACAUAGAAAACACCCAUGACUCAGGAACAAAUAUCCAUGCUCAUCACACGAAUAAAUGCCCUUACCAGGAUUUGAACCCGGGACCAUCAGCUUCGUAGGCAGGGUCACUACCCACUAGGUCAAACCGGUCGUCGUUCUAUGUAUUGUAUAAAAGGGAAACAUGAAACAAAAACAUAGCACGCUAAGUAUCGCCAACUAAUGCAAAGGAUGGUUUGAAACAGGUGUGUAGAGCCCCUUAACGCGGGCUGUGGGGGCUGCGCGCGCGCACCUGCCAGUGCCGUCAGUGCGCCGACGCCCGCCGCGCGCCAUGCCGCGAGUGUUGUGACUGCAGCGAACAUGGAUGUGCGAAUUGCGUUGCUGUUUAUUGCAGGCGCGUCAGCAACAUGCCGGUUCCCGGGCGCCCCCGCUCACUCCCACGUCACAUUCUCCGACGAAACCCUCGAGGAGGGCUCCGUAGCCACGUACGCGUGCGAGCGGGGCUUCGAGCUACUGGGCCCCGCGAGACGGGUCUGCGGGGACAAUGGGAGGUGGAGUCCUGAUGGAAUACCAUUCUGCGUUCUCAACGUGGCAGCGGGCAAAGCGCCCAUGCAAGCAUCAACCGAGGACUCCGGCGUCCCCCAGCGGGCGCUAGAUGGCAGCACCUCCUCCGUGUACAGCCCCGAGACGUGUACACUGACGAAACAGGAACGCGUACCUUGGUGGUACGUCAACCUACUGGAACCGUAUAUGGUGCAGUUGGUACGGUUGGACUUCGGGAAGCCUUGCUGUGGAGCCAACAAGCCCGCAGUAAUCGUGGUCCGCGUCGGCAACAACCGACCUGACCUCGGCACCAACCCCAUCUGCAACCGCUUCACCGGUUUCCUCGAGGAGGGGCAACCCCUCUUCCUACCCUGCAACCCCCCCAUGCCGGGAGCGUUCGUCAGCGUGCAUCUGGAGGCGUCUACGCCUAGCCAGCUGUCUAUUUGUGAAGCUUUUGUGUAUACGGACCAGGCGUUGCCUAUAGAAAGAUGCCCACAGUUUAGAGACCAGCCGCCCGGCAGCACGGCCACCUACAACGGGAAAUGCUACAUCUUCUAUGACCACCAGCCCACAAACUUCCGCGACGCCAUCGCGUUCUGCCGCGCCAGAGGAGGGUCGCUGGUCGACGAGAGCAACCCAGCGUUGCAAGGGUUCAUCAGUUGGGAGCUUUGGAGGAGGCAUAGGAGCGACAGCAGCAGCCAAUACUGGAUGGGUGCCGUCCGAGACCCGCAGGACCCGAACAACUGGAAAUGGGUGAACGGGAACGAUGUGUCCGUCUCUUUCUGGAACAGCAUGCCGGCGGGGGGCGAGGGGUGCGCGCGGUUCGACGGGAGCAAGGGCUGGCUGUGGGCCGACACCGACUGCCACGCCAAGUUGAACUUUAUCUGCCAGCACCAGCCGAAGGCCUGCGGACGUCCAGAGCAGCCCCCCAACUCGACCAUGAGCACCGAGUCCUUCGAGGUGGGCGCUGCGGUGCAGUACUCCUGCGACCCGGGGCACCUGCUGGUCGGGCCCACGGUCCGGACAUGUCUGGACACCGGGUUCUAUACAGAGUUCCCGCCCGUAUGCAAACGAAUCGAAUGCGGCUACCCAGCUGAGAUCGCGCACGGCACGUACACGCUUUUGAACGACUCCGUGUCGUACCUGUCCCACGUGCAGUACGAGUGCACCGAGGGCCACGAGAUGGUGGGCAGGUCACGACUCGUCUGCGAUAUCGACGAGAGAUGGAAUGGGCCCCCGCCGCGGUGCGACGUUGUCCACUGCGAGCCCCCGGCGCAGGUCCCCAACGGGCGCGUGACGCUGUCCCACAACGCGUCCGUGUUCGGCGCCGUCGCGGAGUACGCGUGUGUCCGCGGGCACCGCCUCGUCGGCGCCCGGCGCGCGAGCUGUCUAGCGAGCGGCGUUUGGGACCAGCAGCCGCCUAAAUGUCAACCCGAGGAGCGCUCAACAACGACCACCACAACGCUCCCUCCCCCCACCACCGCCGCCCCCACCACCCGCGUCACGUCGCGCGCGCCGCCGACGCGGCCGCGCUCCACGCCGCGCCCCGCGCCGACUCCGUUCGUCACGCCGGAGACACGCCGUCCCCGCCCAAAGACCACGGAACGGCCGACCACGAGAUAUGAAACGAGGGUCACGGACGCGCAGGAGUCGCCAACCAGCCAUGUGCCACAUAUUAUUGUGGCCAGUCAUCCUAGGGAGAACCAAAUUCUCGGCAGCGGUAACAACAUCCGCGCCGAGCAAACCCCUCGUGUCAACGUGCCCCAAUCAGUGGACGGCGAACGGCGGGAGACUGUCGGCGCGCGCCUCAACCUCGGCGCCGUGGUCGCGCUCGGCGCGUUCGGCGCGAUCGUCUUCCUCGUAGCGAUCAUCACUACCAUCGUCAUAUUGGUGCGGAGAAAGCACCACGACGGCAAACGCUACCGCCACCACGUGUCCCCCGACUGCAACACAGUCGCCUCCCUCGACUCCUCGUCCUCGGAGUCUCGUUCGGGCCUGAACAGGUACUACAGGCAAGCUUGGGAGGAGCUCCACGAAGCAACCGGCGCUAAAGGUAGAAGACACGACAGGGAAGCGCCGAAAGACGGGUCGGAACUUGUCGUGUCAGACGUCUACCCAGCCCCGAGGGACAAGAGGAGACAUCAUCAUCACCACCAUCACCGCCAGCCGAGGCAUCCGGAUUGGCAUUCGCCGCAUCGUCCACAGCACAAUCAUAAGCCUAGGUAUUAACUAGCUGUUGUAAAAAUCAUUUCAGUCUGACGUUUUCCGCUAGUGUGUUGUGCAUAAAACAGUCAAAUUUUGCAGUGUAUAUGUUAUUUUCAUUAAUAUGCAGUACUCAUACAGCUUUUUUAGAUUGACUGAAGAUAGAAUGAUCAGUUUCUGAUUUACGCUCGACAGAAAAAAAUCACGAACAUAAACACUUUAAAAAUGUAUAACAAAUUUUCCAUAAAAGCUAAAAAAUAUGGAAAUUGCUUGAAAAAGAUCGUUAAUAUCAUGUUUGAUCACUUAAUGAUUACUUUUUUUAAUAUCAUUAAAACAUACAAAAAAAUUAAAAUUCAUAAACAUGGUAUCCGCGGUCCCGAGCGCGCACAACCAUCUCGCUCAGUGAGAGGGAGA